UGAUACAACGUCAUCAUAGAGCACAGUAUUAGAAAAUUAGUGUAUGAUUUGUGCACCGUGAUUAUUCAUUAUUGUAAACUUAUUUUGUAUCAACAAUUCCCGUUACUUGAAUAUAUGUUUUGUACUUGAAAUAGUGUGCGAUUUUAUACUGGAAAUAUGUAUUACGAAGAGAGAAGUUCUUUGAACGUGAUUUGUAAUGAUAAUAAUGCAGUAGUCAUUGAUCUUCGAAGUGAUACUCUUACAAAACCAACCAAAAGGAUGAGGGAAGCAAUGUUUAAUGCUGAAGUUGGCGAUGAUGUUUAUGGAGAAGAUUCAACUGUUAAAAAGUUGGAAGAAAAAGCAGCAGAAAUGGUUGGAAUGGAAGAUGCAAUAUUUGUAUGUUCUGGAACUAUGGGAAAUUUAAUUGCUAUAAUGAAUCACUGCGACGUGAGAGGCAGCGAGGCAUACUGCGGUGACUCUGCCCAUUGUUUAUUACACGAACAAUGUGGUGCUUCUCAAAUCGCAGGUGUAAACCUUCGUCCAUUGCGGAAUAAUUCUGAUGGGACAUUUGACCUUUGUGAACUUGAAUCUCUACUUCGAAAAGACAGACAUCACGAGCCAAUUUCUAAAUUGGUUCUCGUGGAAAAUACAAUAGAUGGAAAAAUUGUUCCACAAAGUUGGAUCAUAGAAUUAGUAACUUUUUGUAAGAAACAUAAUUUGAAGUUGCAUAUGGAUGGAGCACGAUUGUGGAAUGCAUCUGUAGGAUCUGGAAAAUCUGCUAAACAAAUCGUUUCAGGUUUUGAUUCUGUGACUUUUUGUCUUAGCAAGGGUUUAGGUGCCCCUAUAGGAUCCCUUCUUUGUGGAAGCAAGGAAUUUGUUGCUAAAGCAAGAAGAGUGAGGAAAGUGCUAGGUGGUGGUAUGCGACAAGUUGGUAUUCUUGGCGCAGCCGGACUUGUAGCUCUUGAAGACACGAUUCCAAUUUUGAAAGAUGAUCACAGAAGAGCUUUGUAUUUUGCCUCUUCCAUAAAUGAUAUUCAGUCGACGAUAUUUACAGUCGAUUUAAAAACCGUACAAACAAACAUGGUUUUUGUACGCGUUGAUCCCGACCUUGUUUCUGCAACAGAUUUUGCUAAUCGCUUACGAAGUGUUUGUGAUGACAAUGACGAUGACAAGAUUAUUGUGAAAUGUUUGGCUCUAAACGAGUCAUUUGUUAGGUUCGUGUUCUUUCAUGAGAUUACGGAUAAUCAAUUAAUGCUGGCUAUCCGAAAGGUUAAAUAUGUUAUUGCAAAAUUAGACUCUAGGAUUUCAUUGUCAUAG